AUGAGUACAGCAAAUGUUAAGGCGACUACUGUUAUUAACCAACCCAUUAACAAUAUAUACGACGAAAGAAAGAUGACUUUUAUUGAAAGUAUACAUUCACAAUCAAGUAUCUUUAACAAGAAUCCUAAUAUCCCACAAUUCGCAGAUGAUACUCUGUUCCAGAUGUUACACAACGGCUCCAUAGAUCAAAAAAUGAGUGGCACAAGCUACGGUGCUUUAGAUCCAUAUGAAGGAUCAACUACUGCUGGAACAAGAUCUAAUUCUUCAAGACAAUCUACCACUUUCCCUUAUCAAUCCUCAUACACUUCCUCAGAAAGUUUGGUACUACAACCCAAAUCUUUGGUGGACAAUAGCGACCCAGAUUCAUUCGUUACACCAAUAUUCCCAAAUGAGCUGUUCGAUGGUAAUGGAAGACAAGAUGGUAAGUCUAAUAAUUUUGUUAAUUUCGAACCAUCCGAUUCUAAAACUGACCCCAACAAUCAAAUAGCAUCAGACUUAAGUUUCCAUCCAACAGAUGAGACCGAUACUAUGGUUGCUCGUCCCCGUGAUGAUCCAAAGGAGCUUUCAGAUAAACUUAAAAAUAGAAGUGCGAGAACUAGGAUUAAGAAACCAAAAAAAAUUAAAACAUCACAUAAUGCCAUAGAAAAGAAAUAUAGGCUAAAUAUCAAUGACAAAAUCUCACGAUUAAGAGAUAUAGUGCCUACUCUACGUGUUACUCAAAAAAAAUUGGCUCAUCAAGCUAUAAAUGACAUAGACCUUCAUCAGUUGGAUGGUCUAGAGCCAGCUCGCAAACUGAAUAAGGGCAGUAUAUUGAAUAAGACAAUAGAAUAUAUCAACCACUUACAGUCAAAAUGCGAUGAAUAUAAAUUGAAAAAUAGAUUUUUGGAGGACACAAUAGAACGGGUAUGCACCGCAGAAGAAAGUGCGGCAAUUUUAAAGCAGGCAGAGGGCAUACAGACGCUCCCACUUCCCUCAAUGUACUCUACAAUUACUAAUGACAAUUCUAAUGACAACCUAUCCUCCUUUGAUGACGUGAAGCAUGAGCGUCCCGAGAUAAUAGACUCUUCCAAUAUACUGCUUGGGGAUUUUGCUAAUGAAAAGACACUGAUCAAAUCAGAGGAAGUGGAUAACAGCAGGCUCCUUUCUACCAGGUUCAACUCUGGAUUCGACCUUAAUGGUUUAUCCAUGAGAGAUCCGAGCUUUCUACUAAGUAACAACACUAAUAAUGACCGCAUAUUCGAAAGCUAA